AUGGAGGGCGGAGGGAGGGUCAAGGGGCAGAGGGGUGUGGCUCUGCAUAAUCUUUUGACGAGCGCGAUAUGUAAACUAGAGUUUGAGUUGAACGAAAGGGACCUUGCUGUGCUCGUGGCGUCCCUCUCUGUGCAGUAUUUCAUUGUGAGUGCUCCAAGUCGUUUCUGUACAUUUAUCUCUGGGCGGAGCACGCCCAGGCAGGCUUGUUCCUGGGUCACAAUGGGUGAGGAUAUGGACGCCCAACUUCAAGCGUAUAUGCAUGCACAUUCCUAUUGGACUGCCGCAGCCACACGCUGUCACAAAGCGCCCUCGCGGCUGGCGCACUUCUCGAUACCUUGCACUUUCGCAGUUCAAGCUCAGCUGCCUCGUGCUAGCGUUUAG